AUGGCAUUCACAAACACUCCUCUCUUCGGCGGCGCAAUCACCGUCGACCUGCCCUCCAACUUCGCCGACACAAGCACAAUCCGGGAAGUCCCCGACCACCAAGAAGUAUACCUCGACGCCGGCGGCUACUCCAACAUCGUCAUCGAAAUCCUCGAAUACGUCGACAAGCCCAGCGACGAAGAAGCCCUGCAGUACCACUUCUCCGACCUCGUCGAUGAUACAGGAGACAGCACGAAUAUUUUGCAGCAAGAGAAAGUCACGUUUGGGAAAGAUGGGGUUAAGGAGAAGAAUGCAAUGGGGUUGACUUUCAUUCAAACACCCGCCCCGCCGACGGACCCGAGGCGCAAGACGCCUGAGUUCGUGUAUAUUCAUCUUUUGCUGCUGAGGUUGAAGGAGCAGGACACGGAUAUCAUGGCCACGAUCAACAUCCCGCAUUACAAGGACGAGUAUGAGAAGGCCGAGCCGGGUGAGGAGACGAACUUGAUGAAGGAUAGUAAAGCGAUUCGGGAGAAGGUAUUGGGGACGUUUGAGGUCAAGGAGUGGGGAUUGUUUGAUGGGUAG